AUGAGCGCGCCGCAGCCGCGACUUCUUGAAACCUACAACAGUCUUACAGACAAACACCUGGUUGGAUAUUUCAGCAAUGCCAGGAUAAGACGACAUCUUCAGAAAUCAGGACUGAUCUCAAGGAGUGGCAGAAUCAUACCUGAGAGGGAAUAUCGCCUCAAUGCCAUGAGGAAGGAGCACCAGAGACACGCCCAGGAGCGCUUGGCCGAUGCCAUUUUCCGCAAGGUGCUCGACAUGGAGCGCCAUCGCCAGCUGGGGAGGAGAAACAAACUUGGCUGUACUGGGGGGAAGGACUGGAUGCAGUCAGACAAGAUGGAUGAAAUCAAGGAAUCCCUGGAGGAAAUCUUCCACGUGCACUGCCCACACCCGCCCUUGGCCCCCAGGAACCACCGCAGGUUCUGCCCUUUGGUCACUGCAGAGGAGCCCUGCUGCUCUCAGUGUGGGGAGAGCAGCGAGAUCGAGGUGGUGACCUCGGUGGAGUACCUGCCGCUGUCGCCGUACGAGCUCCCCGCCCUGUGCCCCCUGGCGCUGCCCGCGCCCCCCGCCCGGCCCCGCCGGGGGCAGCGGCUGAGGACAGCGCGGCGGGGAGCGCUGCCCGGCGGGCGGCUGCAGCCCACGGCAGCGUUCAACGAGCAGCUGCUCGUCCGGAAUACCCGGGGGUACCCCAAGUCCCCACUGUGCAGCAACGCCCUGGUCACCAUGCUCUACCUGGGGAGGAGCAAGCACGUGUCCCUCGGCUACAAGGACCAAGUCAAGGUCUACCAGCAGUACUGUGGAACUGAGAACAUUUGUGUCUACAAAGGGGAGCUGAUGGAAGGAGACACCUUCCAGUUCGUGUCCAAGCGGCACCUGGGCUUCCCGUUCAGCCUGACGCUGGUGCUGAACGGGACGGAGACGGAGCGGCUGAGCAGCUGCUGCGAGUACCGGCACCUGCGGCCGGGGAACGGGAGAGGGAACAAGAAGAGGAGCAGGAACAGCUACUUCAGGGUGCUGCACGUGGCGGGAGCCCCGCCCUGCUACAGGUGCAUCAUUGCCAUGGGCCUGGACAAGAAGCCAUCCCCUCCCAAGAGGAAGGGACGGUCCUGGAAGGUGGGGCGGGUGUGUCCCUGCGGCCGUGCCGUGUGCUGCGAGCUGUGUGACAGCAGCACUGAGCCCAAAUCCACGGGAGACUCGGCCUCGGCCACCACCCCGAGCUGUGGAACCAGCGCAGAGACUGUGGGGAGGAGUCUGGAGACUGAGGAGGAGUCCAGCGAGGAUGAAACAGAAAGCCAGUGCACUGAGGAGAGCGAGGAAUAGAGUGAUGAAGACACCAGUAGAGAAGAAUAUGAUGAAGAUUUUGAAGCAUAUGAGGAAGUGAAUGAAGAGGGGCAGACUGGUGAUGAAGUGAAUGGAGUGGCAGAGCCACCCUCAGGUGACAAGAACCAGAAUUUGGGCUCUGGGAAGGAGAGUGGGAGCUCGUGCAGGGCUCUGGGGGCCUGUGGCAGGGAGAAGGACCAAGCACCGGAGGGAAGCUCCUCGGCAGCGGGACAAGCGGCACGACAAGGGCGGGGGACAGCGCGGGGACGAGCCCUGGAGCAGGGCGGUGCCGAGGGACGUGCUGGCAGCGGAGAGACCGCAGGAGAGACCGCAGGAGAGGCUGCAGGGGACGGAGGAGAAGAUGCAGGGGACGGAGCAGAGGCUGCAGGGGCCAGGGAUUCGCUGCCCCAGGCGGGCACCGGGACUGCGCUGCACGAACCCGCACCUGAGGACGGCGCCGCGGCACAGGAACAUCCCAAAGAAAAGGGCACAGGGGAGGCAGGGAGGCCGGGCACAGCGGUGUCACCCGGGCCGCAGCAGGUGCUGCCGGAGCCCAUGGACAGAGAGGUGGCACUGGCAGAGCCUGGGGGCCAGGGGCCAGCUGGGGCACUGCCAGGGUGGGGGACACACACGGGGCUGCAGGGGGCCGGGGGCAGCACUGAGGAGGAGGAGGAGGCUGCAGAGGAAGGGCUCAGGGGAGCAGAGGGGCAGGCGGGUGAGGCAGGGCAGUGCCCAGGGCAGGGGGCGAGGGACACUGCGGCGGGCGCUGUGACACGGGCAGAGCGGGCAGCGGAUGGCACUGCUACCGGCCCUGGAGGAGGAGAGAGUGCUGGAGAGGGCAUUUCCGAAGGGGAGCGGGCUAGGGGGAAGCCUGGGGCUCUCUGGGAAGCACUAGGGGAUACGCAAACAGGAGAAGGAAUGCCCGGAGAAGAAGGGUUUGUAAAGCCAGCUGAGUUUUCCCAGCUGGACGCGUCAGGGGAAGCCUGGGCGGAGAUGGGGAAAGCCGGAGCAGCAGCACCUGAGGGUGCUCAGGGAUGGGAGGAGGGAGGGGACGCUCCACAGAGAGCGGAGGACGCGGUGGAACAGUCUGUGGAGCCCGACGAGGCUCCUGCACUGGAACUGACACCUGGGCUGGGGGCACUGGGGGGUGCCCGGGGGGAUCCUGGCACUGAAGGGUCGCCAGAGCUGCCGGCAGAGCAGGAGGAGGAGGAGGAGGAGGAGGAGGAUGCAGCAGAAACAUUUUGGGAUGGAACCCCGAAGUCUGGGAGCGGCGAAGCAGAGACCCAGAGAGCAGCGGAAGGAAAACCCGGGGCAGAGGUGGCGGCGGGGUCUGCAGGAGCGGGCUGGGGACGGGAGGAGAGCAAGGUUGGGGCAGCGGGGACAGAGCCGGGCCGUGCGACAGGGACGGGGCAGGGGAGGCGGCCCGGGGAGCCGGGGCUGGUGGCCAUCGCUGUGCUGGGCGGGCAGCCCGGGCGAGCAGCCCUGGCCGGGGGGCCAGCAAUGGCCAAAGGGCCGGCAAUGGCUGGGACCGGCUGGCUGGGCACAGGGGCGAUGGCACAGGAGGGGGUGACAGGGGCAGUGCUGGGGGUCGCGGUUCCGGAGCACUGGGGAGCCCUGGGGCACUGCCCCUCCCUGCUGCUCGGGAGCUCCGAGCUCCGCACGCUGUCCGCGGUGUGGACACUGGCAUCAGCAGGACUGUGA